GCUCUCUCUCUCUCCCAUAGACACACACAAACACACAAACAUGCAUGUACAUGUCACCUCCAGAUACUGACUCCCAGAUCUUGAAUGCCUGAGGUCAUGGUGCCACUUUUUCUGGGCCUUUUUCCUGCCCAGUAAGGAAGGGCCUGGGCUGGUCCUUUGGCUGGCUCCCUCCUCCCAGCCAGAAACAGUUAAUUGCCAGCUCUAGGCUGCCUCCAGCCCAGCCCUAAUCGGCCUCAUCUCAGGCGGUCGAGCUGAGGCCACAGCAGCUCCAGACCAGGCCCCGACUGCGCACAGCAGUGGGGGCGUUCUUCCAAGGUAAUGAUUAAGCUGAGCGCCUGGCAAGCCGGGAAGGUGAGCCCUAUUCACACCUCGGCCAGGCUGAGGUGGCCUGGACUGGUUUGGGAAGGCAGGGCCCCAGGGCACCAGAGCCCGGUAGCCUCAGCCUCCCGCUGCACACGGGCGACCUGGAGCGUCUCAGGCCAGAGUUGCUGCUGCCUACCCCACUGGGACCCUGCCCUCGCGCCCAGCACUAUGAAGCUGCAGGGAUUCUGGGCUGGGCUGGAGUAUACCUGUCGGCUCCUGGGUAUCACCACUGCUGCAGUGUUGAUCGGCGUGGGCACUGAGACCUUCUUCCAGGGACAGUUCAAAAGCCUGGCUUUCUAUCUGCUGUGUCAGCCAGGGUCCUUGGCCUACAGAGCAAAGGAGAAGGCUCACUGGCUGGGCUGCUUCCAGAGGUUUCUGGCCUACAUGCUGCUGUCCGUGGCCUGCUUUCUCCACCCUGUCCUGGUCUGGCAUGUGACCAUCCCAGGCUCUAUGCUCAUCAUCACUGGCCUGGCCUACUUCCUGCUGAGCAAGCGGAAAAAGAGCAAAGCUGCCUCAGAGGUGCUGGCCCCGCCGGAGCUGUACACUGACCCCUCCAGCAGCGCCGUGAGCACCACUGGCUCUGGGGACACCGAGCAAACCUAUACCUUCCACGGGGCCCUCAAAGAGGGGCCUGGCUCCCUCUUCAUCCACAUGAAGAGCAUCCUGAAGGGGACCAGGAGGCCCAAUGCCCUCCAGCACCCAGAGGCCCUGACAGAGCUGACGCUGGAGCCAGCUGACUCGCUGGCCAAGAAGAAGCAGGUACACUUUGAGGACAGCGUGGUCAGAAUCAUUCCAGCCCUGGCUGAAGGCCUGGAGGAUGGGGACAGCGAGCCUGAGGAGACCACCUCUGACACCACCCCCAUCAUCCCUCCCCCCGAGGCCCCACCCUUCCUAUCUUCCCUCUCGGGUGACAGCCUCUUCUGAGUUGCUCAUUCCAGGCUAGGGAUGCUCAGCCAGGGAUCUGCAUAGGUAGCCAGCCCUGCCUGGAAUGUCCUGGUGUUCAGGGCCCUCCGGGGAGCUCAGGGUCUUCACAGGUCAGCUCUUCAAGGGGUGACCAGACACCCCAGAGGCAGCUGGGCUUCUGGGGCCAUGGAGCGGCAGGGCGGUUCCUACAGAGUCCUUGAGGGUGGCACAAGUGGAGCUCAUGCUGCCUUGAGCCCUCAUGGGUUCCUCCCACACAUGGAAAGGAGAAAUCCUCGUGCUUUCCCGGAAAGAGACCAUCACUCCCACUUCAUACAAGGCUGCCUGAGCCCAGAAUCUCCAGAGCUCCUCCUGCUCCUGACACAGGGCGCAGCACUCAGCAAGAACUCAUGGCCCAUCUCAUCUCCAUUGUAACAUUUCAGCUCUGAAGGCCCAAGGAUGCAUGGCAACUCACGCAUCUCAAAGGCAGGUGUUGACGAUGGCCAUAGGCCCCAAACUGGGACCAGGGAGGAGGGCUGGGAGCGAGGAGGAAAGGCAAGGCUGUGAGCCCUCAGAGUGGGAGCAGUGCCCAAGCAGUGGGCCACAUUCUCUGCAUGCUCUGGCACUGGCUCCAGGCAGCAGGAGUCACAGGGCCACUGGGGAAACAAUGCAGCUCUGUGCUCACUGCAAGAAGAGCCAAGCCAGAUGAGUGGUACUCAUUCCAGAAGCAUCGCUGAGAGUUCCCAGCAUCCCUACCACAAGGGCUGUCGAGAUUCCAAGUAGAUGAUGUAAACUAAAGAUACUGAAAGCCAAUAACAGUCUUCAGCUGGGAAUGCCAACAUCCAGGACAAGGCGCCUGCUGUAUGCAGGGACCACAGAGGCGGUGCCAUGGAGAUUCAGACAGCACAGAGAAGUGGUUCUGCCAUGCUGAGGGGAUGGGUAGCAGAAUAGGUGCUAAAUAUAUGUUUGUUCAAAAGGGAAGGGAAGGAAGGAAGGAGGGGAAAGAGGGCAGAUAGAAAAAUGGGCAGAUGACAGGCUAGCUCUGUCACAGGGCCACAGAAGUGACAGCCCAGAAAUAACAAAGAAAGUUGAAUCCGACAUUCUUUAGUUAAAGGAUUUGCAAUAUAGAUUUCUUUAAAAAGUGAGUUUUGGUCCAUGGGAUAGUUGUAAGGCAGAGUAGACAUUUUAUUCUUUAGAGGCAAUCUUAAUGAAUGAGCAAUCUGCAAAACACUGUUACCUUGCUUUCCCGUUCAUGUGUGUGAGCAACUCCGGGGUUCUGAAAAGCCUGUCUUAGACUACAUGCCCAGGGAAAAUCCAGUACUGAGUCUAAAGGUAGGCUGUAUUGUUUUUUAUUUCAGCAUGAGCUUCUGGUAAUUUUGUAUUAUAGUCUCUUAGGAUAGUGAUCUAGACAGUUGGGACCAUCGGAACUGCAGAAGUACACUGACCUCUGCUGGGGCAGGUGCAAGAGCCCAUGCAAUGAAAUGUUUAUCACCUAAUGGAUAUCGAAAGCCUUUGUGAGUCUUGAAUCAAAUUUCUCUUUCAAGAGAAGAUGACAAGUAAAUGGCCAAGGCCAGUGAUGAUUCAUUUGUCCCUAAACAGCUGCUUCUGCCUGAGGCUGCACCUGAUCCCGAGCGGGGGAUGAGGGGCUACGAACCCACUAUCACUUCAGUUUCCAGGAAACUUGGUGAGAUAUUUGCAGGCCCCAAGUCUCAGUUUCCUCUUUCUAAAAUGGAACGAAAUUUUUUUUUUCCUUUUCAACCAACAGUACCAGUAAACUUGGAGAAGAGGUCUCUAGGGGCAAGAGUGUUUUUUUUUUUGUUUUUUUUUUUUUUUUGCUAUUUUUAGGGCUGCACUUGCAAUAUAUGGAAGUUCCCAGGCUAAGGGUCAAAUCAGAGCUGUAGCUGCCGGCCAAUGCCACAGCCACAUCAGAUCCGAGCCACAUCUGCGACCCACGCCACAGCUCACAGUAACACUGGAUCCUUAACCCACUGAUCGAGGCCAGGGAUAAAACCCACAACCUCAUGGUUCCUAGUUGGAUUCAUUUCUGCUGCACCACGACAGGAACUUCGGGGCAAGAUCCAUUUAAUUCAACAACUAUUAACUAUUCAUUAAUUAUCACCUGGUGGGCCAAGCACCAUGGAAGGUGCUGGGCUGACGGGGUGAGUCAGCCUUACUCUCCAUAGAUGGACCAUAUGUGUGGUUCCCAUGAGGCAGAUAUAAGCCUUACAAUGAAAUUGCAAACAAUGUGCCAUGAGAGAUGAAUUCCAAGGGAACUCUAAGAAGGUAGAUUUGUGUUGAGUUUCAAAAGAAAGGCUAGCAUAUUAGCAGGUACCUAAUUGUCUAUCCUGGGACAAGGGGAGCCAUGGAAAAAUCCAUCCAAAUAUGAUGUUUUCCAUACACAACAGAGAAGAUUUUUGUGCAGUAGAAAGGGCACAAAACAGAGUCCCAUCAACGACAAUGACAAUAACAGUAGAUAAAACUGAGCCCUGAGAAGAAGACAGGGGCAUUCAGUGUUUUGCAGCUUCCAUCUCCUCUAAUGCUCACAGCCUUGGAGGCACAGUCUUUUUCAGCACAUGCUACAAAAUGGGAAAUCACAGCGUGCAGAAUGUAGUAACUUGCACAUUGGCACGCAGCUAAAAGGUGGGAGAGCCAGUAUUCAUUCCAGGCUCCAGAGCCAAGAUUCUUAAUGCCACCAGGGGAUCAAAGUCUUAGAUCAGCCACAGACAUCAUCAGCCUGCGGCCUUGACCACACCUCUUCCCCUGGGCCCUUCUUCCCCAGUGCUUUGAACGAGUAGAGUGUUGACCAGAUGACCCUAAGAUCCCUUCCAUCUAAGUCAUCUGAGACUAGUUUUUCUCAGGGGUACAUGGAGAGGAAGAAAGGAAGAGAGAGGGGAGGUAGCUUAGGUGGGAGGAAGCAGACCAGCUCCCCACUGAGGUUUGUGUUUACCUCCUUUUUUACCCUUGUGUUUGCAUGUCCAGGGCCAGUUUCUGCUAUGAGCACCAAACCCUCCCACCCCAACACACAAAGAACCUGACCAGUGCCUGACAGCCAGUGCCAGGGGCCUGGGGCCUUUGGGAUUUUCCCUAGUGGCUCAUGCGCCUGAGCUCAGCAUGGGACUUGUGCCAAGCCUCCCACCUAGCCUACCUCCAGGCCCAGGACAGAAACCCCUACCCCAUGCAGGCAGGAAGUGGUCUCUUUGAUACUUAGGAAGACAACAUCAACACCCAGGCUCCUCUCUGCUUUCCUCCUGGAGGCCCAGGUCUCCUGCUGCACUGCUGCUCGCUGAACUCCAGACCCUGGGGCUUAUAUAAAGGGUUAGCAGAGACCAGCCAACACAACCUCCCAAAGGCUUCUUGCUUCCUUGGGCCCAGAGGCCCCUGGCAGCUAGCGGAGGCCUCUCUGGCCCCAGGCCCUCAUGGGUCCUCUUUAUUUUUCCAUGGGCAUUUUCAGUUCCCAUUUCUCUGGCUUGGGCAGCUCCCUGUGCUCACAGCCAGUCCUCUUUUCUCCAGUCAGGGUCCUCUUCCCAUUACCCAGAGCCUCCUGCAUAGCAUACAUGGGGCUCAACAGAGGAACUUCUCUCCACCCGUUGCCCUGCCCCUCCCCCUUCAGACUCAGCUCACCAAUCGCAAGGCAGUGACUUUGCCCCAUGGAAUGGCUCAGCCUUGUCUUCUGGGACUCUGAAGUUAGAACAGAUAUUGCCAGGCUUCUUCCAGGGGCACCAUUGACCCCUUGCUUUCUAGCAGAGCCUGAAUUUUCACAGCUGAUCUACCUCCCUCCCCCAUCCCCACCUCUAGCCAGCCACGCACUUCACACCCUCAGGUACAGUGGGUUCAACCUCUGCAGCCCACCCAUACCCUCCUUCUGGCCAACAAGAAGUGAAGGGAGAUGGCCCAGCGCCUUCUGGGAAAGGUUUCCUUGCUAUUAAAAUGAGCCUCACUGGAUCUCAGCCUUCCUUUGCUUCCACAGAAUGUGGUCAUGUCUGCUGAGAAAUCUAGGAACCAUUUGCAAAUAUUAGGGGGAACUGAACCAUUGUGUUAAGAUGAGGGCAGAGAGGGAAAGAACCCAAGUCCCCAGCAAUGUCUUUGAGACACUGACUUAACCAACCAUGAAAUUACCCAUUCCUGGGGCUUUUUUUUUUUUUUUUACAGUAUGAGAUAAUAAAAUCCCCUUUGCUUAGUUUUUUUUGUUCCUCACAAAUGAAACAUCCCAUACCAGAGUGUAAGUUACCCACCCCAUUUAUCAGGUUUGCAUAAAGAAAAGGUCAAAUAUCAACCCCAAUUCUCAUUUUACUCAUGGACCAAAUCAGGCCCUCUGUCUGUUUUGGUGAGUAAAGUUUGUGGUUUUUUUUUUAAUUUUUUAUUAUUAUUUUUUUUCUUUUUAUGGCCUCAACCAUGGUAUAUGUAAGUUCCCAGGCUUGGGAUUGAAUCUGAGCCACAGCUAUGACUUAUAGGUGCAGCAACACCAGAUACUUUAAUCCACUGUGCCAGGCUGGGGAUCGAACCCACACCUGUGCAGAGACUCAAGCCGCUGCAGCCAGAUUCUUAACCCACUGCACCACAGCAGGAACUCCAAUAAAUAAAGUUUUAUUGGAAUACAGCCAUGACAUUCAUUUACAGAUGGUCUAUGGCAUUUCCGGCUUGAGUAGUACCAAGAGAGAUGGUAUGGUCUACAAGUAAGAAAAUGUUUACUAUCUGGCCAACUCCUAAUUUAGAUUCAGUAAGUCAAUAGAGAAGCAAAAGUUCCUCCAAAACUGCCACAGAUUUUAUUGGUACAAUAAAACAUGAAAUCCCUGGGAAAGAAGGCCCUCUCACAUCCUGAAAUGUCUUGAAAUGCUGAGUAUCAGGCCACACCUUGCCACAGAGUCUGUCCUAGGAGACAAGUGGGGGUCCAAUUUGUUGGUCAAACUCACUAAUUGUAAUGGUUAAUUUCAUGUGUUAACUUGGCUAAGCUAUGGUGCCCAGCUGUUUGGUCAAACACAGGCCUAGAAUGUCACUGUGAAGGUAUUUUUUAAGAUGUGAUUAAUAUUUAUUAUCAGUAGAUUUCAAGUAAAGCACGUAACCUUCCAUAAUGUGGGUGGCUCUUGUGUAAUCAGUUGGGGGCCAUAAGAGCAAAGACUGAGAUUUCUUAAAGAAGGAGCAAUUCUGCUUCAAGAUUGCAAAACAGAAACCCAGCCUGAGUUUCCAGCCUGCUGGUCUGCAGAUUUAAGACUCAAGCCUACUGCAUUCACUCUUACUUGAAUCUCCAGCCUGCUGGCCUGCCCAAAAUAUUUUGGGCCUAUCGACCACACAAUCACAUGAGCCACUGUCUUUAAAAAAACAAAUAAAGGAGUUCCCGUUGUGGCACAGUGGUUAAUGAACCGACUAGGAACCAUGAGGUUGCGGGUUCGAUCCUUGCCCUUGCUCAGUGGGUUAAUGAUCUGGCGUUGCCAUGAGCUGUGGUGUAGGUUGCAGACGCGGCUCGGAUCCAGCGUUGCUGUGGCUCUGGCAUAGGCCAGUGGCUACAGCUCCGAUUCAACCCUAGCCUGGGAACCUCCAUAUGCCGUGAGAGCGGCCCAAGAAA